CAAUACUUUUUUUUAAAUAAUUGAUAACUUAAAUAAUUUUUUACCCAAUGUUAGAUAAUGUAAUAAAAAGUGGAACGCUUCACGAUUUUGCGUGUCAUCCUUGCGCAGGGGCUAUGCUAAUCUUCUCUGUAUCGUUCCAAUUUUAGUUAUGUGCUGCCGAAGCAAGUACUAAUGUAAUAAAAAGAUAUGUAUUACAUAUAUGUAUUAUAUAUUACAUUUUUUAUAUAAUGUGCAGUAUACUCUUUUGUAAGAGCAUGCAUUAUUUUUUUCUCUCAUUGAUUGUAGGAAAUGCUGCGUGUGCAAACAUAAUGGUGAAUUUCACGCCCGUACAUAAUUCAAAGUGAACAAAAACGUUCCGGAUAUUUUCUAAAGGCCCACAAUACAAUAGGUCAUGAUUGCAUCCUGUAUACAAGGUGGGUGAAACGUGAAAGAGUAGAAAACGUUUAGUGUAAAACGAGACGUCGCUGAAACUUGUUAAUAAAAUAUAAUUACGAGAAACGUGUGUAUUUCUGCUAUAAUUAACGUAAUAUGUAAAUAUGGAUCUGCGUAGCAUUGGUGCUUUCAUUUUCAUUUGGUUUUGUCUCGUUCACGAAAUUAUACCUGCCAAUAGAAAUACCAGCAUAUCAAGAGGAUACCUGAUUUAUAGAACGAUUUCGACUACUCGACAAUCAUGCAACUGUUCGAUGUCUUUUUCUUGCUCUUGCUGCCAAAGUGUAAUGAUUCUAUAUACUAGAAAGCAAAAAGAUUUGUGCAUCAAUUUCACAUAUCAGAGGAAUGGACUAAACGUGGAUGUCUCGUUGAGUUCAGAAACAAUCAGCACUAGAACAGUCACGAAUUUUAAGGCAUUCCAGUUUUGCGUGUUCGUUCCCGGUUGCCUUUUUUCGACCGCAUGUGUCAACAUCUUGGAGCUCAAUCAAUUUCCUAAAUCAAUUACGGCUUGCCUUCGCCUCGACAUUUACGCCAAGAAACGACUUUGGCAGAUUAAUUACGAUUGCAUAAGCGUAUCGAUGGAGUUGCCAAUGAUAUCGACUAACGAUACAAUGAGAAUGACAGAAACAGAAGAAUCGUCUACGGCAGAAAGCGAACCAACGUCGACAACAAUGUCGACAGUGUUAGUGACAGAAAUGUCAUCGAGUGAGAUGGCGAUUGUGCAAACGUCGGAAAUGACUGAAAUGACGGAUACAAACAGGAGGCCAGAAGAAGUGGAGGAUGUCGAAACGUACGAAAUUUCCGAAGAAAUAACGCCAAUUAAAUGAUGACUAUAAUUAUGAUUAUUACAAACAGAAAUAUUGAAAAUAAUUAGCAGGGUAAACGGAAUUAAAAAUAUUUUUUUUUAA